UCAUAUAUCUAUCUAUAUGGCCAUGGGGAGUUUGAAAUAUGUUGCGUUUUUGCUCAUGGUUGUAUCGACAUCACAUAUAGCAGAUGCUCAACUUUCAAGACUCCUCAAUCUCAUCAACAUCUCUGGAUUGGUAUCAUGCUCUCUCAAUGGCAACAUCAUUGCCAAUCCCACUACCCCAAUCCCCCCAUUCCCAAAUGCUUUGGUUGAAGUAUCAUGUGGUGGAAAUGUGAUAUCAUCGGCCAUAACCAAUGGAUCAGGAAUGUUUAAUAUAAUUUUGAAUCCGCUUCAGUUUCUUCUAAGCAACCUUCUGUCAUCGAAUUGCAAUGUGCAUGUUGUUACACCACUUUCCAAUUGCAAUGCAACCCUACCAUCAACUGGAAUUCUGCAAUCUCCACUACAAUUCAUUGGCACCACCGCUCGAGGCCUCUUCAACGUUUUCAACUUAGCGCCUGAAACAUUCCAGCUCAUCGGAAUUUGAUCAAAUAUAUAAUAUUAUAAUGUACCAUCCAAUAAA